AUGGCCCAAAAGAAACCAAAGAGCGAGGUCGUCAGUAGUAAGCAGGAUGAUAGUUCAGCAACCACCGAAGCAGCCAAGCCUCUUGGAGGCUACCGCAACCUCGACCCGGACGUCGACCUAUCCAAAGAGCAGCACGAGGCGCUGGCGCAAGACAACGACCUGGUUCGACGGGUCGAAUCAGUCGUCAAUGCGAAGGGUGAUUUCAAAACAGCACCAAAGCCAUCGAAGGCAACCAAGUAUCGCACAUACUAUCAAAACAUUUGGGGACAGAACGAUCGAGAAGUGGUUCGAGGAGCCACAAGCGCAAAAGAAUACUGGAGGCAAUGGCUGAAAGCACACCCUCCCAGAGGCGAUGUUGGCAAAAUAGUCGACAUCAUUGCAACGAAAUAUCAACCAAGAAAGGCGCCAUCAGCAAACCAAGGGUAUCGGGACAUCUAUCACAAGCUCGAGAAGCUUAUCACACAAGACGACAACCCCAAAAACACAGCCGGCCACAUGAACAUAGACAUGCCUACAUUUGAGGAAAUCGAGGCAGCGCGUUGCGUCGGGAGCGCAAACGAAGGCGGAGGCAUCUUGCCACAGGAAUUACAAGUGUGA